AUGGGGAUUCUGUUUGCUGAACUAUUGGGAAUCAACCAUUUUGUGAACAUUGCAAUGUUCUUUGUGAACCUUGAAGAAGUCCCACCCACAUCUGAUGAAAAUGUCACUGUGAUGGAGACAACUUUCAACAACAUUCCUGUCCGUGUCUAUGUGCCAAAACGAAAGCCAGAGAGACUAAGAAGGGCCUUAUUUUAUGUUCAUGGUGGUGGUUGGUGUUUGGGGAGUGCUGCUUUGUUUGGUUAUGACUUCCUGUCAAGACAGACAGCUGAUAGACCUGAUGCUGUUGUCAUUUCAGCCAACUACAGACUAGCACCCAAAUAUCGCUUUCCAAAUCACUUUGAAGAAUAUAAUGCACUAAAGUGGUUCUUGCGCCAAGAUGUUCUUGACAAAUAUGGUGUGGAUCCUGAAAGGAUUGGUAUUUCUGGAGAAAGCGCUGGAGGGAAUUUAGUGGCAGCAGUGACUCAACAGCUCAUAGAUGACCCAGAUAUCAAGAUCAAACUCAAGACCCAGGCUUUAAUUUAUCCUGCCCUUCAGACUCUUGAUAUGGAUUUACCAUCAUAUUGGGAAUGCUCACAUUUUCCAACUCUGCCCAAAUCAAUGAUGGUCAGGUUGUGGAGUGAAUACGAGGACAGAUCACUUGCAAGAGCUAUGCUCUUCAAUCAACACGUACCAAUGGUACAUAAUCUUGGUAAUUUUGUGGAAGCACUGAGGAAUGCAGCCUAG